GUUGUUCAAUGCGAUUGGUUAAUUCGCUAGAAAACAGUUGUAAACGAAACUUUAUCACGUUGUUGACAGUCGAAUGAGGAUUUUCAAACAGGCGUAAGAAUUUGUUAAAAGCCGCUGUGAGAAGUCAAAUCGAAGACACAGUAUACACUGUGGCCAGGCCGCUCUCAGCUUCGAUCAGCUUCUCUCUGAUAAUUGAUCAAAGAUGCCAUUGUCAUGGAAACCUAUGCGAUACGCUCAUCAAGAAGGACACACCGAUGUUUGUUAUUAUUCCGGCGAAAAAAGAGGCCUUGUUACUUGUGGAUGUGAUGGAGAUGUUCGAUUCUGGUUAGAUUUAAUGGACGAUGAUCCAAUUACCAGUUGCAUUUCAGAACAAGCAAUCACUGCCAUUUCAAAGAAUGGAAAGAUUUUUGUGGGAAAUGAUAAUAAUACUGUACAAAUACUUACUUAUCCUGACCUGGAAAAAGAAGGGAUAAUUACUAGAUUUGCAGCACCGGUAUCAGCAUUGACAACUGCAAGAAAUAGCAAUCUGAUAGUAUCUGGUGCCUGUGAUAUGCGAAUACAAGUUACAGACAUUAACACAUCAGAUAGCACUGAACUAGAAGGUCAUCAAGCGCCUAUUUUAGGUUUAUCUUUGGAUCCCAAAGAAGAAUUUGUUGCAUCUUCUAGCGCAGAUGGAUCCAUUAGAAUAUGGAAUAUUAAAGAAAAGCGAACUGUACAUACUUGGAAUAACAUUGUACCAAAAUCUAAUUCCUUUUUUACUGCAAAGUCAUACUGCAUACCAUCGUUUAAGUGUACAGACGGUAGUUAUCUUGCGUAUCCAAAUAAUAAAGAUGUAAUAGUAGUGGAGAGAUCAUCCUGGAAAGAAUUGUACAGACUGAAAUAUCCAAAUUUAAAGACUGAACUCAGCAUUUGCAAAUUUUCGGAAUGCGGUACGUAUAUCGCCGCUAGUUCAAUACAUGGAGAGGUAAUUGUUUGGAACGUAGAAACUAAGGAAGUAAUUGGGUAUCUGGAACAUGAACAAGACACAAAAAUUACUGCAUUAGUAUGGCAUAUAGAUCAUUCCAAUGAAAUUGCGUUUUGCGAUGCAUUGGGGAAAUUAGGAUGUAUUAAUGUGGAGAUACCACCUAAUUCGGAAAAAAAUGAAGAUGCAUUAGGAAACAAUAUUAUCGUUACGGAUGAUAAUGAUGACGACGACGGGGAGAAUGUAAUAUCUUUGAACAAAAUUAAAUCGUCUGUUAAUGUGGAAGAUGAUCAAAAUAGUCAGUCCGACGUAGCCUCUGUAAAAUCAUAUGAUACAAAAGCGGUUCCAUUGCCUACUGUAAAGCUGCAAUCGUCUUUCCAACCGGGAUCAACGCCUUCUCAUUUAUUAUCGUAUUUCAUGGUGUGGAAUAACAUAGGAAUGGUCAGAUGUUUCUCAUCGGAGGACGGAGAAGAAUGCAGCAUCGAGGUAGAGUUUCAUGACACCGCGGUUCAUCGCAGCAUGCACAUAAAUAAUUAUUUACGACAUUUUCUCGCUGCUCUGUCCACUCAAGCAUUGGCCUUGAGCUGCGCAGCUUCUGAAGAUGAGCCUAGUAAAGUUGUUGUAAUAGCUCUGCAAGGUUGGGGUUCUGGAAAUAAAGAAUGGUCUGUGGAUCUGCCAGAAGGCGAAGAGAGCGAAUGUCUGGCGGUCGGUGAUAAUUUCGUAGCAGUGGCAACGUCUAGGAGAAACUUGAGAUUAUUCAUGAUAGGAGGAACACAGCGUGAAAUCUUGGCUCUGCCCGGACCCGUGGUGGCGAUGAAUGGUUUGGGAAAUCAUCUUGUGAUAGCUUAUCACGCUGGCAUUGGUCCAACCGAUGAUCAGCAUCUAAAUUUAUUGUGGAUACAAAUACAAGGAGCGCAGUUACGUAGCCAAACUUUACAGCUUCCGCUUUCACCGGCUUCGGAGCUCAUGUGGUUGGGAUUAUCGGACGCUCGCUCUCCUACCUUGAUAGAUUCCGACGAUAUUGUCCGAAUGUACGACAGAAAAUCUGCCCAAUGGAGAGUGCUCUGUGAUAUAAAUACAGUGGGUAAAGGUAAAACGGAUCACUAUUUUGUAAUCGGUAUAAGCGAAAAACAACGGAAUAUGCAGUGUAUUCUCUGCAAGGGCAGUUAUUAUCCACCAACGACUCCGCGCCCGAUAGUCACCGAAGUGCCUCUGUCCUCGCCUCUCUGCGAACCGGAAUCUAAGAAAACUGAGACAGAACGUACAUUGUGGGAAAUAGGAAACAAUCCGUCCGAAGAAAUUCAGACGCUAUUAACGUUAAUAGCGCUUGCCUGUAGAAGCGAUUUGGAAUAUCGUGCGGUGGAUAUCUGUGAACAAAUUGCAUCGCCACAGACGAUAGAUUUGGCUAUACGAUACGCCCAGCGUAUACACAAAAUGGCAUUGGCAAAUAAAUUGGAGACAAUUGCCAAUGAAAAAUCCGAAUCGAAUGAUGAUUCAAAGAACGGAAAUACAGAAAAUCAUCAAGAUAAUUUCGCAAGCAACAGCAGUACCGAUUUUCCUAGUCAAGAAGAGGACGAGAUAUCUUUACCAGCUAUCAAAAAACCGGAAGUGGAGAUCAAGCCGUUGUCUAUGACGAUUAAAAGAGUAAAUCCAUUUUUGAAAACGGGAAAUUCGUCUUCAUCACCGAAAGGUUUAGCUGGUUUAAACAGUUUGCCCGAAAAGUCUCAAAAACCCUCAAUAUUAAACAAAACUACGCCUAUCAAGCCGAAAACAAAGACUGAAUCCAAGCAAGAGUCGUUCAUUGCUUGGCACGCUAAAAAUAAAAAGAAUCUGAUGGAAGAAUUUCCCGACAAAGGAAUUGAUGAAUUGACGAAAAUCGGAUUUGCACGGUACAAGGAGCAGAUGUCGCAGUCGAACGCGGACAACACUGAAUCUCCAGAACUUUCCAAGAAACGAAAAUUACCGAGUCCGGAGAAGGAAGAGAAUAACGAGGCGAAACGAAGUGUCAGCAGUAAACUCAGCAAAUUUGCAUUCGACAAGUAACUGUUUUCUUCGUUACGAAAAUGGUUUUUAAUCCAAUCACAAACUCUGCGAGAGUAUCUGAUAUUUGUACAUGUAAUUAUUUAAAAAUUCUUUUAACGAAACAACGCUGAAGUGUCUUUUGUAUCAAGAGAUCAAUGAGAAAGGAAUGCAAUUAAACAUUUUUUUUAAGUUUGAGAAAGUUGUAUAUAUAUUACACAUUAUUUAUGGCUUUUUUCUAUAUUAGUUGACAUUAUACCAACUUAUAGAGAGGAUCUGUGUCUUUCUCUUAAUAUCCGCGUAUUGUCAGAAAAUCUGUUUAAACAGUUACAUUUGCAUUUUACAUUUGCAUUUUCAAGAGUUCAAGAAUUUCUUCACACAGCAAAAAAAAAUGAUGAAAGAUUGAUUUCUUUAUCGAAUGGAAUCGUUCGUUUUUCGUUGAAACUGACAGAAGAUGGGUCAAGGCCAAGUUAAUUCAACAAGUGGAUAAUGAUCGGAUACAUAAUUUGUCUCGGUCUUCCGUGCGUUCGACACCGUGAUACAACGGCGGCGGCGGUAGCAGUAAAGCGUUUCGCGUCGAUCCGAAAAUAAAUU